AUGGCUGAAUUUUCGGGAAAUUUGUCUUCAGAACUUCAAAACAAUAUUAAUAAACCACUCAUAAUGGACGAUUUUCUUCGAACGCCUCCCACUGGAUUCGUAGAAUCUAGCACCUCCGUUGACCACCUAAACAGUUUACUUGCAGUGGUAGAAGGAUCUACGAACAGGACAAAUGAAAUGGUAUCUAAUCCACUUCUCCGAGAAACAAACAAGCGCAUUGUUUAUGUAACAAAUGAACUGAGGCAUGAGUAUCUGAAUAAUGACCAAGGUGAUCCAUCAUCGUCUUCACAAGUUACCCAACCAGCAACCCAACUGGAAGAUCCACAGCAAGCUAUCAAAGCAGAAAUAGCAAAAUCAGAGAGUUCGUUAGAAGAGACUAUUCGACAAGCAGAGCGUAAGGCAGAGCAUGAUCUCUUGAGACCAAGGAUAUCUUCUGUCUUCCCUUUAGUCAACUUCUCUUCAACUGGAUUGCGGAGUAAUUAG